AUGCCAACAAAGAAGAAACAGAUCAUGCCAGACACAGCAGACAACAACAAGGCGACCCAGUGGUCGAGUGAACAACAGCCAGGAAAUCCCAUUCCUGGGUUGAUCAAAUGCAUCGGAAAUGUGAGGGCCUUGAUGGAUGAGAACAGCAAUCUCAAACUCCAGCUACAAGACUACAAGGAACUGAAGAAGGAACGAGACUCCUUGCGCGACCAACUGGAAGAUUCAAGGGCCGAUCGGGAACGUCUCCAAUCGCAGCUGGAUUCUUCACUGACAGAAGAAGAGAACAAGAAGAUUCUUCCAGCCAAGGACGGCACCAAAGACUUGCUUGAUCACUUCAACCAGAAAGAUCAUUGUAUCACGGAACUUGCCGACCAAAUUGCUCGCGCCAUCAAGACUCCGGCCCAAACAAGCAUUUUGCGAAACGACAGUGACCAUCCUGUCGUGGUUAUUGCCCAAAAGGAAGAAGAUGCCUCAGAGUUGGAUGCGUUGCCUGCGGCUGUUGAAGAGGAGGGCGAAAUGGAUACGGAUGCGUUGGUGAAUGCUCUCAAGGAUGCACCACUUGGUCCAACUUUGACGGCUGCUGAAGAGGGAGGCAAAAUGGACAUUCACGCAGAGAUGGAUGCUGCCGGCCUCGAUGAUGAACAGCAACGGCUAGUAAGUGACAAACCAUCAUCUGGGAACAACCAAACAGGUUCGGAGUCCAUGACUGCCCGCAAGGAACAUGUUGCCACAGCUGCUCCCGCGCCAUAUUCUAGUGUGUCGUCGACCGCAGCGCUUCCUAUUGGAGAUGGUAUUGCCACUGCUCAAAAGUUGGUUGCAAACGAUGGAGGCAAUCAGCCGAAUGCCACAUCUGAGGAAGACCCAAGCGGCAAUCCAGGAUCGGAGACAGCGACCAAAACCCACACCGAGACAAGUGUGUUACCACACGAUGUUGUUGGUUCUGUUGCCAGUGACAAGGAAAACGACACUGCAACACAAGUUGCUCCCCAAAAGGCCAGGAUGACCCUGAGUGCUAGAAAGAAGAGAUGGAGCCUUUCUCCCCAAAGGGCCAAGAUGACCCUGAGUGCUAAAGAGAAGUGUGCAAAGCAGAUUUUAGGCCCUUGUGAACCUGUGGAAGACCGGGCGGGAGACCAGGUGGCUGAGCACGUUGCAAACCCAAAGCUCAGGAUGAUGACUGAUGCUGAAAUGGAGGAAUUAAGGAAGAUGUUGGGCUGA